AUGGAUGCCAACACAGAUUGUACUUCAGCUCAUGAGUGUGAUGAGGUUGUUGAGGAUACAAACAUUGAAUGUGAUGAAACUAUUGAACAACCUAUGGUUGGAAUGAACUUUUCAUCUGUAAAAGAAGUUUGGUCUUACUAUAAGAAGUAUGAUGCCCACAAUAGAGCUGCGUAUGAAUCAUUCGGGGAUGUCAUUGUCUUUGACACAACAUAUUUGACUAAUGUGUAUAAGAUGCCUUUUGCACCGUUUGUAGGUGUGAACCAUCAUGGUCAGUCAAUUUUAUUGGGGUGCGGAUUGAUAUCCAAUGAGGACGCUAAUACAUUCGAGUGGUUGUUUAAGUCAUGGUUGAAGUGUAUGAAUGACCAACCACCAAAUGCAAUCAUCACAGACCAAGAUAAGGCCAUGAAAAUUGCAAUUUCGAGGGUGUUUCCAACGUCUAGACAUCGCUUCUGCUUGUGGCAUAUAAUGAAAAAGCUUCUUGAAAAGUUUAGAUCACAUUCUCGAUAUGAGGAAAUCAAGAAUACUUUGCAUAGGUGCAUUUAUGACUCUUUGAGUGAGCUUGAAUUCAAAUCACAGUGGCUUGAUAUGAUCGAUACCUAUGAUCUGCAUGAGAAUGCAUGGUUGAUAUCACUAUAUACUGAUCAUCGUUUUUGGGUGCCGACGUACGUUAGAGACACAUUUUGGGCAGGUAUGUCAACUACACAGCGGAGUGAAGGCAUGAAUGCAUUUUUUAAUGACUACAUUAACUCUAAAACAAUUUUAAAACAAUUUUUUGAGCAGUACGAUUCAGUCCUUAGGAGGAAGGUAGAGAAUGAAGCAAUUGUUGAUUUUAAUUCAUUUAACACGGAGAUUCCGUGCAUCACUCGCCAUCCUCUUGAGAAGCAAUUUCAAAAAGCAUAUACAAUUGCUAAAUUUAAAGAAGUACUAGAGGAAUUGCGAGGAUUUCUUUAUUUGACUACUUCAUUAUUGGGAUGUGAGGGUGGUAGAAGUACAUUCGAAGUUGCCGAUGAGAUUCAAGUUGGUGAUGACUUGUUAAAGCGUGCAACCUUCACUGUCAAAAUUGAUGAAGAUCCCCUUGAUGUUAAAUGCAGUUGUAAGUUGUUUGAGUUUAUGGGCAUAUUAUGCAAGUACACUCUACGUAUCUUGACUCAGCUGGGUAAGCAUAUAGUGCCAUCGAAAUACAUCUUAGAUCGGUGGUGGAAGGAUGUAAAGCGAAAAUACACCUUCGUGAAAAGUAAUUACGACGCUAGUAGCAUCGAUGAUGCCCGAAGGUACGAUAGGAUCCAGAAUUGCUUCUAUGAACUGUGUUCCAAUGCUUCAAAGUCUGAGAGCAGUUGUGUGAAAUUGAUAAAUCAGAUAAAACAGUUGAAGGUACAGUACCCUGGUAUCACUGAUCCAGUUACUUCCACGGGGGGCACGACAGUUGAUCCAGAUACUUCCAUAGGGGGCACGACAGUUGAUCCAGUUACGUCCAUGGGAGGCACGACAGGUAGAGUUCUUAGUCCGUUGGUAGUUCGGAGUAAGAGAAGACCACCAUCUAAGAGAAAAGUGCAUCCUGCUGAGAAGAGUCUUAAAAAGUUUAGUACGAGGAGACGAUUACACCACGACGAAGCUGAGCGGAGUAGUCACGCUCCAGAUGAAUGCACUGUCAGCGGCACACAUCAUGAAGCUCCUCAAACCCAGUACACGCGUCAUCAAGUAUAUGCGAAUUUAUUUGGUAUUGGACAGGCUGCUCCUCCCUCACAAACUGCUCCUCCUUCACAGGUGCAAUUGAGAGGAUUGCAUGUCUCAGAAGAGGAUAAUGAUGCGAGAAAUUAA